AUGAGUUCCUCUGCAGACCUUGCCAGCCUUCUAGUCCCGGCAGCUAUUCCCGGAUUCAAAUGUCCCACUGGGACUAAAAUGCAUAUCUUGGAUUUGGGCACCUUGGAAGCGGACGAGUCGUGGAUUUUUCGUGGUGGUAAUACGAGCUCUCUAUCAAACAAAAACCCUGAGAAUAAACGCCGGGAGCUGAUUAUUUUGUCGACCUUGAUUGAGUAUCCGGGAGUAGGGCUAAUUCUGUACGAGACUGGCUGUGCAGAAGACCUCGAUGUGAAAUGGGGUGCUCCGCUAACCGACAUCUUUCCUCGCACUGAGUAUUCCGACGAGAAGAAACUACCGGCCGCAAUCAGGGCCACUGGCAAUGAUAUCAAGGACGUCAAAGCAGUCAUCAUCGGCCACCUGCACCUCGAUCACGCAGGCGGUCUUGAGCAUUUCGUCGACACCGAUGUGCCCAUCUACGUCCACGAAGAAGAGUUCAAGCAUGCCUGUUGGGCCGUCGCCACCGGCGCCGAUCUCGGCGUGUAUCUGGGCCAUUACAUGCUUCUCGACAGGCUAAAAUGGAAUACCUUCACGGAAUCGCAUCUGGAUCUUUUCCAGGGUAUCACGCUGCAUCACUCACCGGGCCAUACGCCGGGACUGUGUAUUAUGCAGGUCAAUUUGGAGCAUGAUGGAACGUUUAUUUGGACGACGGAUCAGUUUCACGUUGCUGAAAAUUAUGAGCUGGGCCAUCCGCACGGAGGUUUGGCGCGAGAUCAUAAUGCCUGGUUUCGCAGUUUGAAUAUGAUUCGUAGGCUACAGAGGCUGUUCAAUGCUAGGCUUGUGUUUGGGCAUGAUAAAGAUGUUGCUACUAAGUUUAUGAGAGAGAAGAAGUACUUUGAGUGA